AUGAUAAUAUCGAUGGUUCAGGUGCUCGAUUCUAGUAGUCAGUUUUUCCUUAAUGUCAAGAAAAUUCCAUCGGCUUUUAAAGAAGUUAAUGGUAGUUUCUUUUAUAAAAAUGCUGAAGAAUGUGAUCGUCUUGUUGCAUCUGAACAUUGCUCGGAUGAUGAGAAAAAUAAAUCAUUUGUUAUCAUUAAUCAAAAAUGUAUUGACCCAUUAUCAUUUAAUGUAUUAGCGAAAGAUGGAAUCUUGGCAUUAAGACGUGCUAAACAUCGAAAUAUGGAACGUUUGACUUUAACAUAUGAUGAUGAAGCUAUGAAUGAUGAUGCUUUUGAAAUAGUUACUCAUCAAGUACUUACUCAAUAUAAGGAACAAGUAAAAGAUCGUGCACGUUUAGGUGUUCAAACAUUUGCUGAAUCAUUAUUAAUUAUUCCAAAGGCUAUUACUCAAAAUACUGGACAUAAUCAACAAGAAACAAUUGUUAAAUUUCAAUAA